UUGGUUUGAUAUGUAUUUUUAUAGCCACACAAUCACAUAGCAGCGAAAACGACAAGUGAGCGAAACAGCGAAAAUAAUAAAAUUUUCGUAUUGGGAAAAUUUAUUUAAACUCAUCUACAAAAUGUCUGAGAAUGUUAAUAUUGAUCUCUCCGGAGAAAUUAAUGCUACUACAGAAAAGAAAGGGUUGCAAAAGUAUGUGAAUGAUAUGGAAUUGUUGCUUCAGCAUGUACGUAGUGGAGCUGGUCCUGCCCUGCUCAUGGGAGUACUUGCAUCACGGAGACCAUGGACCCAGUUUGUGGCCACCGACAACUUUAAGGUUCCUCCAUCAGUACCUCGGUUAACCCGGCGAUUUUAUAGAAAUGUGGAACACUUUCAAGCCAAUUACUUGAUGAUCUUUCUUGGAUUGUUUGCAUAUUGCUUGAUUACUUCACCUCUUCUCUUGAUUGCUAUGGUUGCCAGUUUCUUUGGAUACAGAAAACUUACAGCAGGUCCCAACACUUGGAAGGUGAGAAUUGGUGGAUGGGAGUUAAGUAAAACACAGCAGUAUGCAGUAGCAGCUGGAUGUUCCAUGGCAUUGUGUUGGUUAGCUGGAGCUGGAGCAGUACUUUUCUGGGUUUUAGGUGCCACAGUGACGGUGGUAGCUCUCCAUGCCAGCUUCUUUGAUGCGGAGGCUCUACCUCAGUCCGAGGACCCAGAACAGUUCCCGAUGAUAGAGCAGGUGUGACACGGAGAAUUACCGCUGUUCCUACCCCACCCUCCACCCGGUCGCAACACUCAGCGAUUUAGUUAAAAGAAGGAAUCCAAUACAUACUCUUGUGGAUUAUUUGGACUACAUUAAAUUGUUUAGUGGCAAUUGUUAUAAAUGCUUAGUGCAAUGUGCACAUACCUAUUUAUAUUGGUGUAACUAAUUGGAUUUAUCAAUUUUAUGAAAAUUGAUUACAGUAAUUGAAACAUUAUAAAAAUGCAUUUGCAUAUACAUAUAUUGCCAUUUAUUGUGGUUAUUCAUUUAUAUUACUAUGAAGACAAAAAAGAUGAGGCUUGAAUUAUGAAUUAUUGAUUAGCUCUCACAUUCAUACUUUUUAUGUGUUUUCUCAUAUUAUGUGGAGAUUAGUAUUUUUAAUAAGGCGGGUUUUAGAUGUUAACUCUUGAUAUUCAAUUUGAUAAAUAAUUUAUAAUAGUGUAGAUAUUUAUAUUUAAUUAGCUCUAAAAUAUCUAAAUCAUUAUUAAAAUUGAUUAUAUCACAUAUUUAACCUCCUCGUUUCAUAAAGGUACAUUUCCAUGUUUGCCAGGGCUUGACAAGCAUCCCCAAGCCUCAAACAUCCGCAAAUCUCGCUUGGAAUUUUGGAAGUCGCUUACAAGGGUGAUUGCUUGGAUGUCCAAGCAAACACUCUUUGAUCUGUCCACAAAUGGACACUAGACUGUAGCCUGUACAAGCAUCCACAAACCAAGUCCAACACCUUCUUUACACAUAUGUGCCUUUGCAAUCAUGGAAACAUACUUUUAUAUUUUAUGUGUAUCUGUACAUAAUAACUUCGCUGUAUCUAUGUGUAAAUAAAACUUAUAAUUUGAA